AUGGCUUCACAACCUCGUCCGAAGGUGCUGAUGUUCGACAUUGGUGGUGUCUGUGUCGUCUCCCCCUUCCAAGCCAUUCUCGACUACGAAAUCCAGCACGGCAUCCCCAAGGGAUACAUCAACUACGCGAUCCGCGAACUGACGCCCAACGGAGCAUGGCACAAGCUAGAGCGCGGCGAGAUCCCCAACGACGCCAACUUCAUGCGCGGCUUCAAGGCCGACCUGGAGCGGCCGGAGAUAUGGGCCAAGUUUCAGCGCGAGAGGCUCGGGGUCAAGGAGCGGUCGAGAGUGCCUCCGGUGCCGACGAUCGACGCCGAGACGCUGUACUGGACCAUGAUGAGCACCGCCCGUCAGCCGGAUCCCUACAUGUACCCGGCACUGAAGCGGCUGAAAGCUUCGGGCCAGUACAAGCUGGCGGCACUGUCCAACACGACCAUCUUCCCCGACGGCCACGAGUACAACGUGGUCGGGCCGGAUGAUGUGCGGCAUAUCUUUGAGAUCUUUGUGAGCAGCGCCCACGUCGGCAUGAGGAAACCGAAUCGCGACAUCUACGAGCUUGCGCUCAAGUUGAUUCGUGAGAGGUGGGGCCACGACAUCGCGCCGCACGAUAUUGUCUUCCUCGACGACAUUGGCGAGAAUCUCAAAACCGCAAAGAGUCUGGGUAUCAGGACCAUCAGGGUCGUUCUCGGUAGGACGAACGAAGCCGUCAAAGAGUUGGAGGCCGUUACCGGUCUGCACCUACUGGAGGAGCAGCCACCGACGGCCAAGUUAUAG